CUGCUGCGAGAUGGCGAGAUCCAAGCAUCCGGCAGGGGUGCCCGCUUCCUCUUUAAAAGACCGACCAGCCGGCUCGGCGGCCACUCGCGAUGUCACGAAUUCUUCAAGGAGAACGCUGAAGCGAAGCGACGACCACUGUUCCAGUAGUCGCUUGGAAAUUCCCAAGACCCCCAGUUACUACAGGUUUAGCAAGGUUCUAGAAUGCAAUUCUCUCUUAGGCUUGCCAUCCUCUUCGGCUGCUUGGCCGGCAGCGCCACGGCCCAGUUUCCCCCUACCCCAGAGGGGGUGACUUUGUUGAAGUCAAAGUUCGACGACCGGGUCACUAUCAGCUACAAGGAGCCUGGCAUCUGCGAAACGACACCCGGCGUGAAGUCGUACUCGGGCUAUAUCCAUCUGCCUCCUGGUGCCCUUGAGGAUCUGGGGUCGAAGAAUGACUACCCCAUCAACACCUUCUUCUGGUUCUUUGAAUCACGGAAAGACCCCGCAAAUGCCCCCCUCAGUAUCUGGCUAAAUGGCGGGCCAGGGUCCAGUUCGAUGCUAGGGCUCCUCGAUGAGAACGGCCCUUGCCAUGUCAACCCGGACUCAAACUCAACAAAGUUGAACCCCUGGGCUUGGAACAACGAGGUGAAUAUGCUGUUCCUCGACCAGCCUACCCAGGUCGGCUUCUCGUAUGAUGUACUGGCAAACUAUACGAACAAUUUUGUCACGGGCGAGAUCGAAAUUCUGCAUCAAAACGCCGAGGUUGGGGAGCAGAACGCGACGUUUCGCGUCGGAACGUAUCCUAGCCAAGACCGCAACUCCACGGCCCGGGGCACACGCAAUGCCGCCAUCGCCAUGUGGCACUUUGCCCAGGUAUGGUUCCAGGAAUUUCCGGGGUACCAUCCCAAAGACUCGCGCAUCAGCAUCGCGACCGAGUCUUACGGGGGCCGGUAUGGGCCCAGCUUUGCCUCGUUCAUCCAGGAACAGAACGAGAAAAUCAUCAAUGGGACCUGGAACGGCACCGAGGGCACGCAGCAUAUCCUUAACCUGGAUACCCUCUUGAUCAUCAAUGGCUGCAUCGAUCGCAAGGUCCAGUGGCCAUCCUAUCCACAGCAGGCGUACAACAACACCUAUGGCCUGAAGACGAUCAACCAAUCCGUCUUUGAGGACAUGACCGAUGCCUUUACUCGACCGGGAGGGUGCCGUGACCAGAUUGAUGAAUGCCGGGCUCUGGCGAUUGAAUACGACCCCGACAACACGGGGAUCAACGAAAGAGUGAACCACGUCUGCGCCACUGCCGAGAGCUGGUGUUCGGCCAACAUCCGCGACGGGUACCUGAACUACUCCGGGCGCAACUACUACGAUAUCGGGCAGAAGGACCCAGACCCCUUCACUUUCCCCUUCUACGUCGGCUGGCUGAACCAGCCGCACGUGCAGGCAGCGCUGGGCGUACCCCUCAACUUCACCCAGUCCAACGGCGCCGUCUCCUCGGCGUUCCGGGGCAUCGGUGACUACCCGCGGCCGGGCUGGCUCGAGGACCUGGCCUACCUCCUGGAGCGGGGCAUCAAGGUGGCGCUGGUGUACGGCGACCGCGACUAUGCGUGCAACUGGUUCGGUGGGGAGGCCGUCAGCCUGGCCAUCGACUGGGAAGGCGGGGACGACUUUGCCGGGGCAGGGUACGCGCCCAUCCGGGCCAACGAGAGCUACGUGGGUGGGCAGGUGCGGCAGUACGGCAACCUGUCCUUCAGCCGCGUCUACGACGCCGGCCACGAGGUUCCCGCGUACCAGCCCGAGACGGCGUACGCCAUCUUCACGCGCGCGCUGUUCAACCGCGAUAUUGCCACUGGCAAAGUCGACACGGCCGCCAACGCUAGCUACGCGACCGAGGGGCCACCCGACACGCUGGCCUUCCGCAACGAGUUGCCCGAGCCCGAGAUCAUGUUCUGCUAUGUCUACGACCUGGGGACCUGCACAGACGACCAAAUCGCAGCAAUCGAGAACGGCACUGCGGUCAUCAAGCACUGGAUCGUGAAGGAUGCCAACUCGAUGCGGAGGUUCCCAGAGCUGUUUGAUGAGGAUGGACAUGGGACCGGAGCCGGAACCGGAACCGGAGCCGGAACAGGCGGAUCAUCGCCAACUGACACUGGCGGGGCGUCACCGGCAGCCACCAACGCCGCCACGAGAACAUUGCCCGCCUCAAUUAAUGCCCAUCCCGAAUUUUUGGUGGCAUUGUUCACAUCUCUGGUUUUCAUGAUAGGUUGAGGUGCAUGUGGAAGGACUCACACUGUCAAGGGCAGUCGUCUGCCUGGGAUUCAAAUGAUCUGGGCCACGGUCUAAAUCAGGCCGGAAGGAGAGGGGCGGGGCCGUAAGGGGAUCAUCUAACUCGGAGAUUGGGAAACCCAUAAAACACGAUCCUGACACUGCGGAAUAGAUUCUGGCCAGUUUCUGGUCAAAAUAAAUAAGAAUAAACGAUUGAUGCGCCUCCACAUCGCCAUAAGCUAGCUCAUAAGGCCACUAGUACCAAAGAAACCAAUGUAACAUCCAGGAG